AUGGCGACGAUCACAAAUAUAUCAACCUCCUUCUACAAAUAUCAUCAUGAUCAUUCCUCCUCAAAAACUCUUUUACCAGUUUCGAAACUAGCUCUUCCUUUUGCCAUAAAUCCUCGAAAACCCUCCUACAUCCAUUGCCGUAGCAAACACGGUUCUCUCUCCUGCUCUGCAGUUCUCAACUCACCUCCUGAAGACCUCUCCCGCAGGGGCUCUGAUAUCCUCGUUGAGUCCCUUGAACGUCAAGGCGUUGAAACCGUCUUCGCAUACCGUGGAUCCGUAUCCACGCAAGGCGUUGAAGCAGCCUACUCAUACCAUGGAGACCUCUCCCGUGGAUCCACAGAGCUCUACCGCGCGCUCAAGCGCUCCUCCGUGAUCCGUCGCAUCCUUUCCCACAACGUUAAAAGUGCACUUUUUGCAGCUGAGGGCUACGCUCGGUCCUCUGGAAAACCUGGAAUCUGUAUUAUAGCCGCCUCUAACCGCGGAGGUGACUAUCUCGCUAGCUGUCUAUCUGACACUUGCGUCCCCCUUGUGGCCAUAACCAGCCAAUACCUUAAGGACGAGACGUCAAUGCGUUUGAUGACGAAACAUAUAUUUCAAGUGAUGAAUGUAGAGGAUAUCCCCAAGACCAUCGAGGAAGCCUUCUUUCUAGCUACUUCCGGUCGUCCCGGUCUUGUUUUGAUUAAUCUUCCCCAGGAUAUUCAGAAAUAUUAUGCUGUUCCUAGUUGGGAAUCUUACUGGGAGCAGAUUCUUAGCUUAAUAAAAGAAGCUAAAAAACCUAUGUUGUAUGUUGGAGGUGGCUGUCUGAACUCCAUCGAUGAACUGAAUAGAUUUGUCCAACUUACAGGAAUCCCUGUCACUAGUGCAAUAAUGGGACUUGGAUCUUACCCUUCCAACGAUGAUUUUUCGUUACAAACAUUUGGAAUGCAAAGAACAGUGUAUGCAAAUCACGCUUUAAAAGAAUGCGAUCUUUUGCUAGCUUUUGGGGUUGGUUCCGACGAGCCUUUACCUAGCAAGGCUAAAACAGUUCAUGUCGACAUCGACGCAUCAGGAGAUUAUGAGAGACCUCUUGUACCAGUGCGCGUAGAUGUUAAGUUGGCUUUUCAAGAGAUGAAUAAGAUUCUUGAGGAACGAGACAAUGAGCUUAAGCUUGAUUUUAAACUCUGGAGGAUUGAGUUGAAAGAGUAUAAGCAAAACACACCUUUGAGUUUCAAGCCACCUAAAGAGGCCAUCCCUCCACAGUAUGUGAUUCAAGUCCUUAAUGAGCUAACCGAUGGUAACGCCUUUAUAACUACUGGUGCCGGGCAUCAUCAUAUGUGGGCGGCGCAGUUUUACAAGUGUAAGAAACCCAUGCACUGGCUAGCAUCAAGAGGCUUCGAAGCAAUGGGGUUCGGACUCUCCGCUGCCAUUGGAGCGUCUGUUGCAAACCCUGAUGAGGUUGUUGUGUACAUUGACGGAGACAGGAGCUUCCUAAAGAAUGCGCCGUACUUGCCUACUAUCGUGACAGAGAAUCUUCCUGUGAAGAUACUUAUACUAGACAACGAGUACAUUGGUGUCUCCCAGUCGGGAGAUAUGUGUUACAAGAAAUCUUUUCUCGGUGAUAAGGCGACAACAAUACUACCUGAUAUGCUCAAGGUUGCAGAAAUUUGUAAGAUUCCAGGGAGGAGAGUGUCGAGGAGAGAAGAAGUACGAGGGGCUAUACAGACCAUGCUCGACACACCUGGUCCAUAUAUGUUGGAUGUGAUAGUUCCGGAUGAGAGGGAAAUAUUUUAGGAUGAAAUACUAAAGCGAUCGAUUAGGGUGGUGAUUAUCUAACUUUGUAUUAUAUGCAAAUGUAAACUUUAGUGCUAUUUCUAGAUUUUUAGUAAAUUAAUAUUUAUGUGCUGAACUGCUACU